AAAAUAUAUAAAUUCAAUGGUAGUAGGCCUUGUUUCAAGACUGCUAAUUGAGUUGGGAAAAAAGGUAACGCAUCCCAAUAAGGCGCUUAUAAUAAUGGAGGCAUGCAGGCUGAAAAAAGCGGAUAUUAAACGCAUGUGGAGCCAGAUAGUAACUCAAACGGGCAUUGACAAGUAUACCUAUGCAGAAUGGCAGGAAAACUACGAAGAAUUCUGGAAAUGCAUGCUGUCUACUUCGGAGCCCUACAUAAGAAUUCAAAGUGUAACUGCGGUUGACAUAGAGCAACUAACACGAACACAUGUCAACCAGUUGCAGCUGCCAAUAGCCAAAAGCAAUCCUCCAGCUAAACCUCAACCCGCGAAGCAGAAACCGGUGAAGAUACCUGGCGUGUCGGAUUCCAUAUCUAUGUUACGUAUACCACGCAUAAAACCUGGACAACAGCCAACAAAGAGCAACUCUGAUUCGCUUGGCUUGGUAAAGAAUACACAGCCAGACUGGAAACCUGGACAAGAAAAUAUCCCGCAGCAGCAUCAACAUCAACAACAACCAAAACAACAACAACAACCACAACAACAACAGCAACAACCACAACAGCAACAUCCAGUUCCGCAGAAGACAUCUAGAUUAGCACAAGAACAAAGACAAUACAUUCCAGUUCAACACCCGAAGCAGGUGCUACAACAGCAACCCCCGACACAGCAAAAUAAACAAGGUGUGGAAAAAAAUUCCUUACAGCAGUCGCAGAAUGAUCCACAAGGAGAAGAAGAAGACGAACAAAAACAACAACAUUUUCAGCAACAGCGAAAACCGCAGCCUCAUUGGCCCGGAAGCUUGCAGUCAAUGGAGCAAACGCAGCAACCACAAUCGAAAGAUCAACUGCAACAACAAUUUCCACUCCCGCACAAGAUUCUGGAACAACAGAUUAAAAACUAUCUACGUUCGUGUCAGGAUAGAUCGCGUCCAUAUCAAAGGCAGCCACCCAAUAGAUCAAAGUCUAAUCAGCUGAUUAUGAAUGACCGGCUUAAAGCUCAAACUAACGAACCCCAGGACGUCCCGCAUAGCUCGGUCCAGGAGGUCUACGAGCGUCAGCGAGAAAUGCUCUUUAAACCCUUAGCUGAACAAGUCAAAACUAUUAAGAACAUUAAUGAUAGCAGGGGAAAAAUUGAGUCGGGCACCGAUUGCGAAUUAGAAAACAAGUUAAUUGCCGAUGCUUUAAAGCUGGCUAAUAAAGUCGGUAAAGCGGAUAAUACACCCAAAGCAAAUAAAAUCAGCCCAGAAAUACCCUCAGAUAAUGGUGAGAAAAUUUAUGACUGGUUGCAGAGUUUCGAUGACAAAGCUUCAAAAGCAAUUGAUCAUAAGAUAACAGAUACUGCCGAUUUUUUUAAAAACUUACCCAACCUUUCCACGGUGAUUGGGAAAACGCCGCACGAACUAAAAGUGGCAAUACAAAAUGUAAUUAUCUGCGAAGGUAUGGAAGACGACAAGCCCAAUAAUGAACGACAGAACCCGCAGGCGAAAAAAAAAGAAAUACAGUCAAACAAUCUAAAUGUGUCUAAUUCAAUUGCAAUUCCACUUCAAUUUGAAUUAAAUAGCAAUAAAUGCAAAAAAAAGGAGAAAAAGUUAAAGCAAUUUGCUUAAACAAACCAAGAGAUAACAUUUUUAGAUAUGUUAGAUAGAUAGUCGAAAUAAUUUAUAAUUAUGUAGGAAACAUUUAUUACCUUCCAUCCAGCAAUUUAUAUUGUA